CCCCCACCAGCUGGAAGAAGUUUACUGUCUGCUGCCCACUAGCAGGUAGACCCCAGACCGGUUGGAACCAGAAGGUUGAUGAUGCUGACUCCCAAUUACCUCACCACCAACCAAUCAGAAGAAUGUCCACGAGCUGAUCAUGCUCUCCUCUUUGAACCAUUACUAUAAAACUCCUCACUACCCGCUCCAGGUCCUGGUCUGUUUGGAUGCCAUCCUAGCAGCUGUUAUCCAGCAUGACCUGGGACCUCGGCCUGUAACUCCAAGGACUCUGGCCCAACCCUGCUUUGUGUCUCUCCUGUCUUCUGCCACCAACAAGAAUAGUCUCUCCUUUCCUCCUCCUGAUCAUCCUCCUUGUGCAAUGAGAGACUCAGCCCCUCAGGAUCUUCUGCUGCAGGGAGUGUAUCCCUACUCAGUCUUCUAGAUACUACCUCCUUAGCAUCACUCUGCAUCCCAGCAGCCGAGGAGGGAGACUCCGGGCUUUACUGUUGCGAGGUGGCCCUUGGGGGUGGCUGGGUCCAGAAGCAGAGUCCUCAGCUGGAGGUCAGGGUGUGGGCUGUGUGCUGCCCCGGUUCCUGCGUCCUGUCCUCUGCUCACCUUGAGACCCACCAGCCGAGUUGUGGAGCUCCUCCCCUCCGAUCCUCGUUCUACCUCAGUGGGGACACCCUGCGGAACCACGUGACUCCCCUUGGUGGAGCCGUCUCCUUCCUCUUCCCAGUGAUGUCAGAGCAGGAUGCUGGGAACCACGCCUGCGAGGCUGAGAACAGUGUCUCCAAAGAGACAAGCAAGCCUGAGACACUCUCCGUGGAGGGCGUGCAAAAAGAAAAGGUCGUGUGAAGAUAUAUCGAGAUGGCACCCACUUACAAGUGAAGAGAAGAGGCUUCAGGAUGAAACCUACCUGGCUGGCACCCUGAUCUUGGAAUUCUAACCCCCAGAACUAUUGUGACAGACGAUGAAAAGUGGAUCCUGUACAAGAAUGAAUGUGGAACAGAAGAGAUCGUGGGGCAAGUGAAAUGAACCACCACCAACCACACCAAAGGCCGGUCUUCAUCCAAACCGAAGGGGACUCUGGAGAUGGUGUGGAUCCCAAGGAAGUGGUUGCGGUUCUUCAGGAGUCCAUCAGCCUCCCGGAAAUACCAUUGGAUGAAGAGGUUGAGAACAUCAUCUGGUCCUCCCACAUAAGGCUUGCCACUGUGAUGCCAGGGGAAAAGGGACAUCCGGCUACCAUCAUGGUGACCAACCCUCGCUAUGAGGGCUGAGUGAGCUUCCUGGAGCCUACCUACUCCCUGCACAUCAGCAAUCUGAGCUGGGAGGACUCGGGGCCUUACCAAGCUCAAGUCAACCUGAGGACGUCCCAGAUCUCCACCAUGCAGCACUACAAUCUUCAUGUGUACCGAUGGCUGUCACAGCCUCACAUGACUGUGAACUUUGAGAUCUCUGGGGAAGAAGACUGUAAUAUGUCCUUGACAUGAUCCGUAGGGAAGGCAGGCCUGGAUGUGACCUACUGCUGGAUAUCCUGGGAGGACGGCACUGACACAGCCCACGAAGGCUCUGUCCUCAGCACGUCCUGGAGGCCCGGGGACAAGGCCGUCUCCUACACAUGCAGGGCAAACAACCCCAUCAGUGACAUCAGUUCUCGUCUCAUCCAUGCUGGGCCCUUCUGUGCAGAUCUUGGCUACCCUUCGGAGAAGUCCUCCACUUCCUUCUGUCCCCUGGCCAAGGCAUUGCUCAUCCUCUUGCUUUUUGUAAUUCUUGCUGUGGGGCUCUGGCUCAUCCGAGUCCAGACAAGAUGCAAAAUGCCAAGAAUGAAGAAACUCAGGAGAAACAGAAGGAGACUGAGAAAGAAAGGGAAGCCUGGCCCCAGCCUGGUCUGAUGGCCCCCUGGGGACCCCUGUCCUGAGCAUUGUUUCUUCCCAGCCCCAAGGGAGACCUUCUUCUCCUUCCCAGACUCAUCGCUUCCCAGGGGGCCAAGGGGUGGGUGUCCCAAGGGCCAUGCUCCCCGAGGGAAGAUUGUCUGGCAAUAAGGUCAAAUUAGGUGACCUCACUUGGGAGGAGCUAUUUGGUCCUUCACUGGGUGACUCUGGCAAAACCUGCUUUCCUGCCUUUUCUUCCAUUCCAGUUACCCUCUUCCAACCCCACGUGCUUCCCACACCUGCCUUUGGGAAGGAAAGUGAGUCUAAAAGACCCGCUCACAAUGAAAUGUUGGCUGUGGCAAAAAGCACCCAGAUGUUUACACCUGGAAGAACUUUCCAGCAGUCAAAGUCCCUGAAGAUGGAGCUUCCCUGGUGGCGCAGUGGUUAAGAAUCCGCCUGCCAAUGCAGGGGACACGGGUUUGAGCCCUGGUCUGGGAAGAUCCCACGUGCUGUGGAGCAACUAAGCCUGUGCGCCACAGCUACUGAGCCUGCGUGCCACAACUACUGAAGCCCGCAUGCCUAGAGCCUGUGCUCCGCAACAAGAGAAGACACCGCAAUGAGCAGCCUGCGCACCGCAAUGAAGAGUAGCCCCUGCUCACCGCAACUAGAGAAAGCCUGCGCAGCAACGAAGACCCAGUGCAGCCAAAAAAAAAAAAAAAAAAGUCCCUGAAGAUGGAAUGAGUCACUAUAAGGGGUGGUGAGCUUCCUGGCCCAGAAUGUAUGGGGCUGGAUGACCACCUGGAAGGGAGGAUGUGGCAGGGAUACUGGUCUUGAGGUAGGAGAUAGAUGGGCACUUGGGCUGGACAGCUGGUGUUUGUCUCGUGGAGUAAAACUAAAGCUUUGUUCUCACCCAGACACUCCAAGGACAAAGUUAGUGGCGGAAGCUGAGCUCUGCUGAAGUAAAGAGAUAAGGGUCCCACUCCUGAGGUCAAGGGAAACUUCCCUGUCUGCACAUGCACAGGAAGGCUCCUUGGGGGUCAAAAAUGGAGGGGUCACCACCCCAUAAUAAGUGUGGAUGUGCACACACAGGCCUCUGCGGUGGGAUCCAUCUUAGCAAAAAGUUGUGCACGCAUGUUGGGGAGGGUCCUAGGACUGGUCAUGUGUGCAAAAAGAAACGAGAUAGUAGGCCAAAGGUAAACAAAGACACAGAAGGACUGUCCUGUAUAAGUGAUUUAAAUCACCUCUUUACUGUGCUUCUCCUCAUUAGAGAGGACGCCCAUACCCUUUCUCUCCGGGUGUAUAUUUCUACCUUGCUUCAGUCUUAAAUAAACUGUUUUUCUGU